AUGGGUGCAACAUAUUCGUUUGUUUCUCUUGAUUAUGCUGAGAAGUUGGGUUUGAAAUUGUCUUCUAUGGAUGGGAACAUGAUUGUUGAUACCCCGACUCUAGGUAUGGUAAUCACUUUGUGGGUUUGUUUGAAUUGUCUGCUUACUAUCUAUGGUAAGAGUUUUUGGAUGGAUUUAGUGUGUCUACCUUUGAGAAAGCUCGAUGUUAUCCUUGGAAUGAAAUGGUUGGAGUUUAAUCAUGUUCAUAUCAACUACUUUGCCAAGACGGUGUCUUUUCCAGAGUUUGAUACUAGGGAUGAGUUUCUUGUGUCAGCUAAGCAAGUGAAUGAGUUUGUGAAGGAUGAUGUUGUAGUGUUUACGAUACUAGUUUCUAUGAAGGCAAAGACUAAAUUCGUGUUGGACGAGCUACCUAUGGUGAGUGAUUCUUCAUAA